UAUGGUUCAAAGUUCUAUAAAGCUAAUGUCUAAAUUUGUAUAUGUUCAUUUGGUCCAUUAUAUAAUUGUAACCUCCUCUCUUUUUUUUUUUUUCUUGUUAACAUGUUAUAGCCUUGAAGUAUCACAAUGUCUGGGAUUGAGCUUGUCGUAGACCCUGUUCUAGCAAAGGUUGCGGCAUUUGGUGCUGCAGAACCAUUUACUAAAAUUCGUGACAAAAUUGCAUCUUCGAUCAGCUUGGAUAACCACUACAACACUUUGGUCGAAUAUACGAAGAAACUAGUUGCAAUGAAAGAGGAUAGAGAGAGGGAAGUUCAAAGGCAGAACCAUAAAGACACCACCAGUGCUUACAAACUGUGGACAAACAUGGUAACAGAGGUUGCAAGAGAAGUGCAGCAGUUGAAAGUUAAAUACGACGCAAAAAAGCUACCUUGGUGGUGUAUCCUACGUCGCUCACGCUUGAGCGAAGAAAUGGCUGAAAGGUGCAGAGAUAUUUAUAAACUUUUGUACGAUGAAAAUUCAAGAGAUUUUCUAGUUGAUAAACCUCCAGAGUGUGUCCUAAAGCAGUUAAAUGUUCCACAGAUAAAUGGAUAUCCAACCCUUCAGAGUGCCUUCGAAAGUAUUCUGGGUUUCCUGAAAAAUGGUAAGAUCAAAGUCAUUGGUGUGUGUGGGACAAAAGGGGUGGGGAAAACAACAAUCUUGCGGAGCCUAAAUAACAAUGAAGAGGUUGCUAAACUGUUUGAUAUUGUCAUUUUUGUCAAAGUUACAACUGAUGAUCAUAAGCUUCAACUUCAAGAGAAAAUUGCUAAUCGAUUGAUGCUGGACAUAGAAAACAUCAAGGAGCAAAGUGAUGAUGUCGCAAGAAGAAUACACAGAGAGUUAGAGAACAAGAAGUAUUUAUUGAUUUUGGAUGAGGUUGAGGACGUCAUUGAUUUAGAGCUGUUGGGAAUUCCAAGUAAUAAAAAUGGCAGCAAGGUGGUGAUUGCCACUCGAUUACCUCGCGUUUAUAAGUUGAAUAAGGUGGAGAGGGUGAUCAAAGUGAUGGAGCUAUCUCACGAUGAAGCAUGGAAGAUGUUUAGAGAGACAGUUCGUGCCAUUAGUCCUGUGGUCGAUUCCCUUGAUAUUCAACCUAUUGCAAAACUUGUGUGCAAAAGGUGUUCCCGUCUUCCACUUCUCAUUCACAAAAUAGCAAAUUGUUUUAAAUUGAAAGAAUCUGCUUCUAGUUGGUGGUCGGGACUUGAGGAUCUUCAACCAUGGCCAGAACUUCAAAAUCAAGGUUUAGAAGAGUUGUACUCAUGUUUGAAGUUCUGUUAUGACGAUCUCAGAGAUAAAAAAAAGCAAAAAUGCUUUCUAUAUACAUCAUUGUAUCCUGCAGAUAGCAAGGUUUACACUAGCUAUUUAGUGGAGUGUUGGGCAGCACAACGCUUACUUGGUGAUAUAAAUGAUACAAGGCGAUACCAAAGUGCACGCAACUGUGGUGUUGACAUACUGGAGCACCUUGUUAAUGUCUCUUUACUGGAGAAAGGGGAGCAGAUGAUGUAUGUUAGUAUGAAUGAUUGUACGAGACAAUUUGCUUUACACAUAUCAUCUAGAGAUCCUGAGUGUAGUUUUUAUCUCCAAGAUGGUGAAGAGUAUGAAAGUCAUCCAAAUUCAAGAGCUUGGCAUGAGGCUAGGUGGGUCUCCAUGGUUCACAGAAAAUCACUUGAUUUACCAAGGCAAGAUUGUAGCAUGGUUUUGACAUUGCUGUUGCGCAAUAAUUCAAAACUAACUACAAUACCACCAACUUUUUUUGAGAACAUGAGUGGUCUACUUCUCUUAGACUUGUACAAUACCAGGAUUGCAAAGCUGCCAUCGUCUCUAUCAAAAUUAACUGAUCUAAGGGGUUUAUUUCUGAACAGCUGUGAGUUCUUGGAAUCAUUACCAUUUGAAAUAGAAUCACUUCAACUUCUAGAGGUACUUGACAUUCGAGAUACUAAGGUGACUUUCAUACCUCUACGUAUCAUGUGCUUAACUAAUCUAAAAUGCUUGCGAAUUCCAUUCAUUACAAGUGACGAACACAAUGAAGCUCAAAAUGUUCAUGUGAUUUCAAAGCUUCAUAGGUUAGAAGAAUUAACCAUUCAAGUCAUAUCCUAUGAGCGAUGGUGUAGGGAUGCUAUAAAUGUCCUACAACACGUGGCUUCUUUGGAAAAUCUGACUAAUUUCAAAUGCUUCUUUCCCUCUGUCAUCAUUCUUGGAAAUUUUCUUUCGAGAAGUAAGUCAUGGAGAAGUUGUAAGCAAAAAAACUCAUUCAAAUUUGUUGUGGGAUGCCAAGACUCAAGACAAUCUCAAAUACUUGAAUGUUUUGAGUAUAAAAUUUCUAAUUAUUUGAGGUACUGCCACGGUGGACAGAAGGAUGACUUGACAAUCAGUGAGAUACUACCAAUAACUGAUGCAUUUGAAUUAGUUUGCCAUAAAGAUAUCAAAAAGUUGUCAAAUGUUGACAUUAAGUGUCUGGAACGCAUCCGUGGUCUUUUGAUUAAAAGAUGCAACAGAGUUUCAGCACUUGUGUCAGGCAGUACAAGUGGCAACCGCAUUAAUGGAAUUCAAAUUGAAAACAAAGCCAUGUUGCCUAAUUUGGAGCAAUUAUAUUUAGAAAAUUUGCUCAGCUUAAAAUGUGUUUUUAGUGGUCCUCUGCCUGGUGGAACCUUUUCCAAAUUACAGACUUUGUCAUUGAAGAAUUGUCCAUCCUUAAGUAAAAUUUUUAAAAAUGAAGCAAUUCAACAUUUUUCAGAACUACAGAAGCUGACAAUUGAAGAUUGUUCAAAAAUUGAGGAACUUAUCACCUUGAGAGGAGACACUGAAGGAGAAAAGGAAGUGCUUCCAAGGUUAGAGAUGCUUCAGCUGGUUAACUUGUCUAGCUUCAAAAUCAUAUGCUCAACCCAUACAUUGGCUUGGUCCUCUUUGGAGCAAUUAAGGAUACAUAAUUGUCCUGAGUUGAAAACUUUACCGUUUGACACUGCUAAUGCAGCCAACUUAAAGUACAUUAAAGCUAAACAAGAAUGGUGGGAUGAAUUGGAGUGGACAAACAAUGUGGUGCAUCAGCGAUUACAGCCCAUAUUUGUUGCCUCUAAUGAGUAUUUUCCUUAGAUAUUAUAUUUCAUGCUUGUAAUAAUUAAUGUUAGAUGUAAAAAUAAGAUGAGUUUGUUGUCUUCCCUUAGCUUAUU